AGCUACAAGCAUCGUGUUCGAUGCUACCAGUGACCCGUGCGUGCGUCGUGUCGUGAAACGUGAGAACCUCCUUCCCCUUUUCGUUCUCGUGGCCGAACGCGCGACCAAAUUCGUGCGCGUGCCGUGUCUGUGCGCCGCCUCUCUGCCUCUGUCUCUCUUCCUAUCGUUGUCGCACGCCGGAAACUCGCGUGAAUUCGCUGUGGAACGCUGACGGCCUGAAAAGCGAUCUCGCGCCAUUACGUGUCCCCCGUCACGCAUUCGUUUCUCUACGAAAACAAUCCCUUUCACGGGUAUCCCUUCCGACGUUUGUCCACGAGUUUCCCCGCGAUGCCUGUGUGUGAUAUGUGAGGUGUGUUCUCGCUGUUCUUCUCCACUGGCACUGUUCGUCCUUCCCGGAAGGAGCGAGGGAGUGACGAGCCGAGUAAACGUCAAGCAUCACGAGUAAGAUGUUCCACGGGACGUGGCUGCAGUCGCAGACGCUGCUGUUGCUGCUGCUGGCAACGCGGCUGCUGUUCGUGGUCGGCCAAUGCGGAUCGUUCGCUCAGGACAGACAGGACAAGGAGGACAAACAGGAUAAACUGGCGCUGUACAAAGUCACUUUAAGGACUUAUUGGUCGAGGGCGCGAUUUCCACGACAUUAUCCGGAAUGGAAGCCACCGGCGCAGUUCGGCAAGCUGAUCGGUCGGACGCACGAUUCCACCUACACCCUGUACAGAUUAGGCGAGAGACUGUCCACGGGCCUGAGGCUGUACGUGGAAACCGGAAGGACGGACGGGCUGGACGCCGACGGGGACUCGCCCAACAGCCUGCACUCGUUCACGGGCCCUCCAGUGCCACAAGGGGAAGGGACCAGUGUCGCGAGGGCGUUUUUGGAUGGCAAUCAUACUCUAAUAAGCAUCAUGGCUCGCAUCAACCCCAGCCCGGACUGGUUCGUCGGGGUGGACUCCUUUCAACUGUGCGUGGAAGGCAAUUGGGUCGAUACGGUGACCGUCGAGUUGGACCCGCUGGACGGUGGAACCGAUAACGGGUUCACAUUCACGGCUGCCAACUGGCCCACGCAACCCCAAGGAAUCGCCUACAGGAUCACGUCACGGUACCCGGCACAUCCCGCGGGGAGCUUUUAUUAUCCGAAUCUACCUCGUCUGCCGCCGAUAGCCACGCUCACCUUCACCAAGCUACGGGAGUACACGUUAACCGAAACGUAUCACGAGGACGACGUCGAGAUGGAGUUCGUCAGCAACGACAAUCUACUAGCGAACAGCCCGACCCCUAGGGGGAUCGACCCGAACAGGGACCUGAACGAGGCCAUCGCGGAGGAACGGAAGGAAAUGGACACUCAGAGAUACAGGUAUUGGACCACGACCGGAAGCGGGCAGAUGGUGACCGAUUUUCCGCGAGACAAUAAGGCAGCGAUCAUGGACAGCAUCGCUUCGGCGUAUGCGUUGCAGAGGCCGAGAUACAACGCGACACCGCCGCCAAAGAUGACGAAAUUGGACGGGAGGACCGGCUGGCUUCACUACCAAAAGUACAAACAGGCAGCGGAGGCGCAAAAGGCCCAGAUCUUCGCGGACAUUCAGAGGAAAAUGGCGAACGCGACGAGCGGGAACAGCCUCGGCCAUUCGUGGAAUUCCACCGACAACACGACCCAACGUCAGCACAGGCUCAGGAUGAAACAUCAUCGACUGACGUCUAAAGGGAAACGCUUGAGAACGCGUCCUCCGAGGGAUUGCAAGGUGAGCGAAUGGGGCCCGUGGAGCGCGUGCAGUCGCAGCUGUGGGGUCGGCGAGACGCAGAGGACGCGGAAGAUCACGAUAAAGCCACGCCGCGGAGGAUCAUCGUGUCCGCCUCUGAAAGAGACCAAGUGGUGCGGCAGCGCGAGUCCCUGCUCCGACGGCAAGCCCAUCGCGGACAGCUAUAAAUGGUAGUCGUGUGGUCGUCGGUGAAACGAUCCCGUGGACGACGAAGCCGUCGAGUCGAGAUGAUUUACCCUGAACGAUCUGAAAGGGAGGAUCGAAGGGACCUGGUGGGUCUCGCGCGAGGAUAUACCUAG